AUGCAAAAGGUCGUCAAGAAGCCCAAGGCAGAGCAGCACUCGUACCGCUGCAGACAGUUCUACAGCUUCUCGUGCAUCGAUUGCGGUAAUUCGUUUGGUCACGGCGAGUUCCAGUCGCACGUCUCGUGCAUUAGCGAGCAGGAAAAGCACCAAAAGUCGCUCUACAAGGGCCCCAAGGCAAACCCGACAGUCCCAAAGUCGGCCCAGCAGUCAGAAAACACUGCCAACAAUGCAGUGGCACCAAUGGACACCGCGGCGGUGCCAUCACAGGCCGCAAAGAAGCAAGAAUCCGCGGAGAAGAAGCCGGUCGCUUCGAAACAAGAACCAGCCGCCGCUGCCGACAACAAGGAUAAGAAGUCCAAGAGCGAUAAAAAGGACAAGGAUGCUGCCAAGCAGCAAAAGAACGAGCCAAAGGAAACGUCCGACAAGACCAAGGCCUCCUCAAAGCGAUCGCACACCGAAGUCGAAUCAUCCGACGAUGCCGUGGAGGCUGCUGCGGCCGCAGAAAAGCCCAAGAAGCGAGCUGCAGACUCUGACGACAGCGAUUCUGACGACAACGACGAGUCUACCAGUCAAAAGAAGUCCACCAGCAGCAGCAAGGCACAGAGCAAGUCGAGCGAAGUCGACUCGCGCAAAAAGUCGCGCGUGGAGGAGCCAACGGAGACUCCAGCAGCGUCCAGCGAUGUUGGAAUUGCCGCCAGGGCAAAUGCACUGCUGAUGGACGCGAGCGACACAAAGACGACCGUCGCCGCGCUCGACAAGGUGCGCGCCAAAAGCAGCUCGUCAUCCUCCAAGCGCCCUGUGCCUCUCCCUCACGGACUGGCCUACGACUUCCGACGAGCCAUCAUCUGUGUUCUCCUUCACUCGCAAGAGCACACUCGCCCGCGCAAGGAGUUGAAGCGAAUCGUGAUUGACAUGGCACUCGCAACAUUCCCCGACGAUGUCAACCCGCGGAAGCGCGAGGGCGUGUCUGUCCGUGGCACGUUCACUGGCCUGACGAUGGACGAUGUGGAAAAGACCUAUCGCAGCGUUCUUCGCUCAAUGAAGCGCGUUGAGGUCGACAAAGAGAAGGAGGUCAAGCUGCGUCUGCCCAAGUAG